AUGUCACCACAGGACCAUUACAUUGGCGUAGACGUCGGGACAGGUUCUGCGCGGGCCUGCAUCAUUGACGCCACCGGCGAGAUCAAGGCACUCGCCAGUGAGAACAUCAAACUCUGGCAGCCCGAACACGGCUACACCGGCUCACACUAUGAACAAUCCACAACCGACAUCUGGCGGGCCAUCGCGCACUGCGUGCGCAAGACCAUGAGCGACUCGCAAACCGACCCGGCCACGAUCAAGGGCAUCGGGUUCGACGCGACGUGCUCGCUGGCGGUGUUCACGCACGACACGGACGAGCCCGUGUCGGUGACGGGGCCCGAUUUCGCCAACGCCGCCGGCGAGGACCGCAACGUGAUCCUGUGGCUGGACCACCGCCCCUUGGCCGAGACCGAGCUCAUCAACUCGACCGACCACAACCUGCUGCGCUACCUCGGCGGCAAGAUGAACGUCGAGAUGGAGAUGCCCAAGGUGCUGUGGCUCAAGAACCACAUGCCUGCUGAGCUGUUCAACCGCUGCAAGUUUUAUGAUCUGGCUGAUGCGCUGACCCAUCUGGCGACGGGGGGUGAGACGCGUAGCUUUUGUAGUGCCGUGUGCAAGCAGGGCUAUGUGCCGGUGGGUGUGGAUGGGAGUGUCAAGGGGUGGCAGGAGGACUUUUAUAGGGACAUUGGCCUGGGGGAGCUGGCCGAUGAUGGGUUUAAGCGGGUGGGCGGUGUCAAUGGAGUUAAUGGUGAGUUCUUGAGCGCGGGCGAGCUGGUUGGUGGGCUGUGCGAGAAGGCGGCCAAAGAAUUCGGUCUGCCACCCGGCAUUGCGAUCGGGAGCGGUGUCAUUGACGCCUACGCCGGCUGGAUCGGGACGGUCGGAGCCAAGGUCAAGCUGGACCCUGACUGCCUUGACGAUUCGGUCGCGCCGAACGAUGUUUCGCAGGCCUUCACACGGCUGGCAUCCGUGGCGGGGACGUCGACCUGCCACUUGGCCAUGUCGAGGGAGCCCGUCUUCGUGCCAGGCGUCUGGGGCCCUUACCGCGACGUCCUCAUCCCCGACUUCUGGAUGGCUGAGGGCGGGCAGUCGGCCACUGGCGAGCUGAUGAAGCACAUGCUUGAGACGCACGCGGCGUACUACGACACGCUGACGGAGGCCGAGGCGGCGGGUAAGAGCAUCUACGACUACCUCAACGACCACCUCCGGCAUCUUGCCGAGAAGACCGAGGCGCCGUCCAUCUCGUACCUGGUCCGCCACUACUUCUUCUACGGCGACCUCUGGGGCAACCGGUCGCCGGUCGCCGACCCCAACAUGCGCGGCGCCAUCAUCGGUAUGAGCAGCGACAAGAGCAAGGACGGCAUGGCGCUGCUAUACUACUCGACCAUGGAGUUCAUCGCGCUGCAGACCCGGCAGAUCGUCGAGGCCAUGAACAACUCCGGACAUAGUAUUAAGAGUAUCUUCAUGUCCGGCAGCCAGUGCCAGAAUGAGAUCCUCAUGGACCUGAUCGCCACGGCGUGCGGCAUGCCGGUGCUGAUCCCGCGCUAUGUCAACGCGGCCGUCGUGCACGGUGCUGCCAUGCUGGGGGCCAAGGCGGCCAGCGCAGACAAGAAGGGCAAGACGGAGCCGCUGUGGGACAUCAUGGACCGCAUGAGCAAGCCGGGCAAGGUGGUCUGGUGCCGGAACGACCCGGCUGAGAAGAAGUUGCUGGAUGCCAAGUACGAAGUGUUCUUGGACCAGUGCAAGACCCAACAGGAUUAUCGGAAGAAGAUUGACGAGGCGCUGAAGGGAUCUACGCUGGAUGCUGAGGCCGGCAACUAA